AACCCCCCCCCCCUUUCCCCCCUUUCCGAAGCCGCACGUACUGUAGUCCUUCAGCCUCUCGUCCUCUUUGCAGCACGGCAGGUCCACCAGGCCUUCGACCCCGCAGCAGGAUGACUUGUGAAAUUCGCAGAGACCCCGUGGAGCAGGAGCAGGAGCAGGAGCAGGAGCAGGAGCAGGAGCAGGAGCAGGAGCAGGAGCAGGAGCAGGAGCAGGCCGAAAACACGGAGGACAGAGUUGUGAGGACAGACGGUGUUCUUCGCUCCAUGCUGCGCGGCCUCUUCUGGCCAUUUGGCAUCGUGGUACGUGCAUACCGCGGGGUUUGGUGGGUCCUGGGCUUCCGGCCGCCCACGGAGGCGGCCCUCGUCAGCACCGCGGUUCCCAGUCCUGCACGCCACAGCCUCGCCGGCCGCAAGCGCCUCCGCCGGGUCACCCGCCUGCUGCUGUCCAUACUGCCCCGCUGGGUGCAGGGCGCCCUGGGCUACCCGGUGUCCAGCAGCAUUGGGCGCUCCCUCUCGCCAGAAAUCAGAGUCUCUCCUACUAAACCUUGUGGAAAGGGCAGCAAGAGAAAGCAGGAUGAGUUAGAUGAGGAGGAGGAGGAGGAAGAGGAAGAGGAGCAUCAGACCUGGGUGGAGGCGCUCACUCAGGAGCUUGCUGAUGACGAGGACCCCGAGGAGGAUCCUGACUAUGAGCCCAGUACUGUAGAGACAGAGAGCGAAGAGUACCGCUCGCACAACAAUACGGAAAGCGACAUUGAGGUUCAUGGGAAAGGAGUUGUCACUAUCGAAGAUGUAAGCACGGAUAUUGAGUCAUCCACUCAAGCGCAAGUCACUUGUCCUCCUGUUUAAUUUGUCAUAUUGACUGUUAUAUUUUUCAGUGUGUUGUAAAAUUAUAUAUUAUUACAAUAAAACUGUUAUUUGCCUUGA